AUUAUAGUCUAUCUCUUAGUUUUGUUUUGAUCCUUGGCUUAUCUGCUUUAUAAAUAUGAAUUUUGGUGAUAUUUUUAGUCCUUUUGUUGGUGAAUUUUGAUUUGACAAUAUUUACAGAUGCAAAUCAUAAAAUGUUUAUUUUGGACUUAAUAUUAUCUUUAUGGAGAUCACUUGCUGGUUUAGUAUGGUUCAGUAACCAAAAUUUUCCCAAAUCUCUGAGUGUUUAUAUCAGAUCAAAUGAUGGAAAAAAGUUAUCCGUGGAUUUAGAUCCUAAAUGGGACAUUAAAUCAGUUAAAGAAAUUGUCGGACCUAAGUUAGGUCUUGAAGCUGAAGAAAUUAAAAUAAUACUUGCUGGUAAAGAAUUAGAUGACUCCACAAUAAUCGAGGAAAUUGACUUGGGUGAGCAAAGUACUGUUUAUUGCGUACCAUUAGACCAUAAAGGAAAAACAAAACAGAAAUCUGUGAAUAAAAUUCUGGUGAACCUUCCUGAAGAGGAAGUUAUUACAUUUCAUGUCGCCUGUUCUCACUGUCAUGGUAUCAAGCAUGGCAAGCUUAGGGUGCGCUGUGCUGAAUGCAAAAGUGGGGCAAUCACAGUUGACAGAGACCCAGCAUCAUGGUCUGAUGUCUUGAAUCCAUCUCUUAUUUCUGGGCAUUGUGAAGAACAAGGCUGUGCUGCAGGCCCUGUGGCUUGGUGUGAGUUUUAUUUUCGUUGUAAAGAACACGUGAGUGCUGAUGACAUUGCUAUUCCAUUGCCAUUGAUUCAUGCUAAUCUCCGCUCCAUUCCCUGUCUAGCUUGCAACGAUGUAAGAGACCCGGUUGUUGUGUUCGAGUGCUCUGACAGACACACGAUCUGCUUGGAAUGUUUUGGCCGCUACGCCAGCAUUAGAUUGCGUGAACGUUCCUUUGUAUUCUCUCGGCAAUACGGAUACACACUUGCUUGCCCAGCUGGCUGUGAAGGUUCCUUCAUAACGGAGCCUCACCACUUCCGAAUACUUUUACAAACAGAGUAUGAACUGUAUCAGCGGUUUGCUGCCGAGGAAUGUGUACUGCAGGGAGGUGGUGUGUUAUGCCCUCGUCCCGGCUGUGGUGCAGGAAUAUUCCCAGAUGAUGAUUGCAACCGAGUCGCAUGCCAAUGUGGUUAUGUAUUCUGUAAGCGAUGUCUGGAAGGAUUCCAUAUUGGGGAGUGUGGUGAAAGAGACAGUGCCGCUGAAGGUGGCACUUCAGGGGGAUACAGUGUUGAUCCUGCACGCGCAGCUCAGGCUCGAUGGGAUGAAGCAAGUAAGCGAACAAUCAAAGUGAGCACCAAGCCAUGCCCCAAGUGUAGAAUACCCACAGAAAGAGAUGGAGGGUGCAUGCACAUGUUAUGCGCCAGGUGCACAUUUGAAUGGUGCUGGGUCUGCCAGACUGAGUGGACAAGAGACUGCAUGGGCAGCCACUGGUUCGGCUGAUAGAUCUUUAACCGACAGCUACAUCUUUAUUUCAUUUUAAAAUUUAUUACACCAAAGUUUUUUCUUUUUUUUUCUGUUUUCCUAAUUGUUUUAAAUAAUAAAUCAUAAUUUGAUUUAACAUAAAAGUUUUAUUUUUUUGUUCAUCCCAGAAGUACAUACAUUUUCAAAUAAU